AUGGGUCUGCAGCAUGUCAAGGUCAAGUCCAAGGUGCCGUCACUGCCAGCUCGAGUGAAGAACAGUCGCCUCGCCACAAUCUAUCACAGCCUAGCGCGGUCAUGGUACCGAAGCCAAGUAGGCCACCGCAGCCAGUACUCGGUCGAACGCAUGCUCGCCUUUCGAGACUACUGCAACCGGACUUCGAUCACUCGAGUCGUCGCAGUUUGCUUACUGACUCCAAUCCCUGCCUUGAUAGUGACUUCGUUGAUCGAUUGCAUCCCGUUGAGGCCUCCCGAGGACGGGUGGAGAGCUAACAAGACGCUGUGGAUCCGGCUGCUGCUUGAAGCCUUUGCAGUUGCAAUGGGGCUCAUCUCGCAGGUUCGAGGCGUCAUUGUGUCUGGCACAGUCUCGAACGUGGGUGCUGUUGUGAUCUCGGCAGGGACGAGCGUCUGCUACGUCACAAUCUCGAUAGUGGUCGCAGCGUAUUGGGAAUUUCCAGUUCCGUUUGGGUUCGUGAUUUCCGUUGCCCCCGUCGUGUCUUUCUUCUGCUUGUGGACAGUUUUGGUCGUGGGGCCUCGAACGCUUUAUACGACGCCACUGCUCCGCCAGCAAAUCAAGUCACAGCUCAUUAUCGUAGCGACUCAGGGGCUUGUUGGAGUUCUUUAUCCGGUUUUUAGUACUGUGUUUAACCGCCUUUCGGGGGUUCGACAAGCCGCGUUUGUGCUCGUCAUGCCCCUCAUCAAGUACACGACCAAGCAGAUCAUCGCUAACGCUGCCGCAAGUCUCAACGAAUACGUCGGCCCCGUCGUGGUCUUUUCC